AUGACGCGCUUUAGACCUUGCAUAGACCUGCAUGCUGGCAGCGUCAAGCAAAUUGUCGGCGGCACCCUUUCCACAACCGCGCCUGAUGUGCUCAAGACCAACUGGACUUCUGAGCACCCCUCCGCAUACUACGCCGCCCUGUACAAGCAAAAUGGCCUGUCAGGCGCGCACGUGAUCAUGUUAGGCCCAGGAAACGAUGAUGCUGCAAAGGAAGCGCUUGGCGCGUGGAAGGCCGGUAUGCAAGUAGGUGGUGGCAUCACUGAAAGAAAUGCGAGAGAUUGGAUAGACAGGGGUGCUGAGAAGGUCAUCAUCACAUCGUAUCUGUUUCCGGACUCCAUCUUCUCCAUGGACCGCCUGAAGGCCGUCCUACAGGCCCUGGACGACGACAAGACAAAGCUCGUCAUCGACUUGAGCUGUCGAAAGAAAGACGACAAAUGGUUUGUUGCGACUAAUAAGUGGCAAACUAUUACAGAUUUUGAGCUUAACCAAGACUCGAUUUCUCUCCUCGAGCCAUACUGUUCGGAAUUCCUUAUCCAUGCUGCAGAUGUGGAAGGACUGCAGAGCGGCAUCGAUCACGAGCUCGUCUCAAAACUGGCUGAGUGGUGCAGCAUCCCCGUCACCUACGCUGGUGGGGGCAGAUCUAUUGAGGACCUGGAAUUAGUGAAGAGAUUGAGUAACGGCAAAGUCGACUUGACCAUUGGCAGUGCACUGGACAUCUUUGGCGGUUCGGGCGUCAAGUUCGAAGACUGUGUCAAGUGGAACCAAGAGCAGUAG